AAGGUGUGUCAGAUGUUGGGUAUAAUAGAAGUCGAUUACUUUGGCUUACAAUAUAUGGGCCAAAGAGGGGAAAUGCUGUGGAUUAAUAUGAGAAACCAAAUCAAACAACAGACCACUGGUGCUAACACUCCUCCUCUCAGGUUUCAAUUAAAAGUCAAAUUCUUCGUUCCGCCACAUCUGCUGCUCCAGGAAGUGACCAGGCAUCAGUUCUACAUAAGUAUUGUUCAAGAUUUACAAGAGGGACGUCUGCGAGUCAAUGAUAAACAGUUAGCCAUCAAAUUGGUUGCACUGAUAGCACAGUCAGAAACGGGUGAUUUGGACUCAGAAGUGACGUCCGCUCUGUUGUCGUACCGGAAAUGGAUUCCGCUCUCAAUAUUAGAAAAUGAAGAUCUCUGUAGUUCUCCCACUCCUCAGAGGACAGGCAAACGAAGGAAACACCAUUCGGGCUCUUCCGGGCCGGAGAUGGGCUCCGAAAAUGAAGAGUCAUUUAGUGAUGUCGAGUCAAAUUCGUGGACAACCUCUUCGUUGAAUCACAUCUUCAACAGCAGUGAAUUCUCGUGUCUAACGAAUAGUAUUAUACAUUAUCACCAAAAACUGGAGUCAACGAAACCGACGCACGCCAAGUACCUCUUCCUCCAAGAAGUGGCUAAUCUCGAAGACAUUGGAGUCGAGUAUUUCUUUGUCAAACUUAACAAUAGUACUGAAGAUCCCUAUAAAAUAGGAGUUGGCCCUAAAGGGGUGACCAUUAUUUGCGAGGAAACACAUGAAGUUAAAUAUACGUGA